AUGUUGAUUGGUGCACUGACUAGAGGUGUUUAUAUAAGUCAAUUCACUUUGGAUAAGAAUAUCACCGGAAUAGAAACUGUAAAAUUCUCCCUUUUCGAUUAUUUUUGUGUCGAUGGUGAUAUUAAUUGUAUGAAAGUACCAACUUUCAAUAAAAUCCAAUCGGGAGAAAUAGGAAAACGGGAUGUAAAAGAUGAACUUAACUCUAUGGAAGUUCUUCGAAAGAUAUUAGAAGCUUUCGUGAAAUUCGGUCGUAAUUUAGUUUACCCCAUCCUAGCCGCUACUGUUAUAGAUAUUAUGACUUUGAUAUUAUUAAUAAUUAAUUUAAAAGUUCAAAAUAUUAACGUUUUAUUUUAUUCUGUGAUUCACAUUUUAAUCCUUACAUCGAUCAUCCUUAAUAUAGGUUUUAUACUUAGCAUUUCAAAACUCUUGAUAAUUUUUGAUGUAGUUAGUCUUCGUUCUUUUCCCAGUAUUAUAGAUUAUCAGACCGGACCUGCUCUUAUGUUAUCAGCAAGUAGUCUUAAUUGCUUAAUCAUCGUCCUUAAGAUUACGCGAGCUCAUAGUUUUGGUAAUGAAAAAGGAAUGCAAGAAGAAAAAGAAAAGGAGCCCAACGUUGACACUUGUUAA